AUGCCCUCCCCCGAGCGCCGCCAGUCAAGAUCGCAGUCGCGCAACUCGCGUCGCAGGAGCAGCAGCAGCAGUAACCACCGCCGUCCCUCUCAACGCGGCGACCGCGAGAGCAGCGUCGACAACGGAAACAUCGGCGCCGAGUUCUACGUCGAUCCAGAGCUGGUGAACAAGUCUGACGUUCUGAAGCUGUCGCGAGUUACGAGCUACUGUACAGCAAGUCGGUACCAGAUGCGCAACAUGCAGCGGUAUUUCACCGGUCGCGCACAUGCUGCGCAGACCCCCCUGCCGACGGUGUUUGACGAGUGCCUGCAUAUCCAGUACAGCUUCAAGCUGCCAGGUAAACCGGGCCGAAGCCGCGAUGACACUCAUUUCAAGCACGACAGCAGUAAUACGCUUGUUCGCACCGAUCGCGACGGACAUGAAGUGCGGAUCGGGCUCGCGACUCGCAAGGAUGUGUUUCUAUUUGAGUAUGGAGUGUGUGUACUUUGGGGAUUCACCGAUCAGGAAGAACGCCGGUUUCUGCGCGAGAUCGCGCCGUACGAGAACGAGAAGCUUGCGUUCACCGACGUGCAGGGCGAGGAGCUACGUUUUUUUAUUACGUGGGACCACGAGCCACGGGUGUUUAACGACGUCAUCGCGUUGACUGAAGAAGCAGAGAAGAAUGUAAAGUACAAGCUGUCGAUGUCGCAUGCGAUGUCGCAGUCGGUGAAGAUCUCGCUUUUCGAAGAUCUGGUCGACAACACGAUCGGACUGAUGCAGUCUCUGCCGAUGCAGAUUGCGGCGACGGGAAAAGUGAGCAUGUCGAGGAAGAAAAUCAUGAUGUCGAUUGGCGAGCUGUUUAUUCUGCGGAUCAACAUCAACCUGCACGGGUCGAUCAUCGACUCGCCAGAGAUUAUGUGGUCCGAACCAGAGCUGGAGCCUGCGUACAAGAUCAUCCGCGGGUACCUUGAGGUGGGACAGCGUGUGAGUCUGCUGAAUCAGAGAUUAGAGGUUAUUUCUGACCUGCUGCAGAUGCUGAAAGAGCAGUUGGUGCAUGCGCAUGAAGAGUACUUGGAGCUGAUUGUUAUUGUGCUUAUUGCGGUCGAGAUUGUGGUUGCGCUGAUUAAUAUUGUGGUUGACAUGGUGGCAGAGGGUCGAUAG